ACUUUGAUGUGAGUGAUAUUGUAACUUGGAAUAAUCAAGGCUCUUUAAUUCACAUAAAGGGUAAGGAUGCGUUCAACUAUCGCCUUACUUAAUUUAAAUCGUAUCAGGAUUUCUUGCCGUCAUCCUGGCACUGUCAGUGAUUUUGACAGUUAGAUUUAUGUCUGCCAACCAUGACACCUUCAAGAAAAUGGGCAUUGACACACCACCAACAUCUUGGAUUCUGGGAAACUUUGGACAAGCCAUCAAGUAUGGUGUGUUUGAAGUACAGAGAGUCUUCUACAAUCAGUUCAAAGACAAGAAGGUAAGCAGGAGAACAUAAAUAUUUAAAGCUGUAAAACAUUGACAUUGAUGCCAUCUUUUUGGAUUAGUUUCAAGAAUUUUAUAUUUAUAUAUCAAUAGCAUAGCGAUGCGCAUUAAAUUAGUAACAUAGUAAUGCACAUUAAAUUGACAUAGUAAUGCACAUUCAAUCAAUAGCAUAGCGAUGCGCAUUAAAUAAGUAACAUAGUAAUGCACAUUAAAUCAAUAGCAUAGCGAUGCGCAUUAAAUUAGUAACAUAGUAAUGCACAUUCAAUCAAUAGCAUAGCGAUGACCAUUAAAUCAGUAGCAUGGCAAUGCAGAUUAAAUAUCAGAAGGUAGCAAUGCACAUGGAAUCAGUAGCAUAGCUAUGCAAAUUAAAUUAGUAGAAUAGUGAUCCACAUUAAAGCGAUAAUUAUUCCAUUAUGAUUUUUAUAGUCUUACAAACAGAUCUAUUAAUGUCAUAGUUGCAUUUAUAAACAACAUUGAACAAGGGAAGGUUUAAAGAGACAUUUGGUCAGAUUAUGAAAUUUAACUUAACAGAGUUUUUGUGAGGAAGUGAUUAAUCUGCACCAUAUAAGAUUGAUCAGAGUUUGAACAUUUGAAUCAAUAAAUAUUAUAAUUAACAAUGUAUAUAUACGCCUGGGUGUUAAGAGCCUGAUUUUUUAAAACUUUCUUAAUAAUAUGUAUCCUCAUGACAACAUUUAAACCAAAUAAAAUCUAUCAGUGUGUCAGUUAAUUUAGGCCUGCGCUUUUCAACCAUCUUUUAUUGUUUAAUAAAUUAUAACUAAUUAUUUAAUCUAUGCGACACGUCAUUCAAUUGAAAGUUAUAAAUUACUGUUUUUUGAUGAGUUGUAGCUUCCAAAGCAGUCAUAGUAGUACGAACAUGUAUGGCUUCUAUUACAACCAUCCAUUGCAUAGUUACUUCUUUCAAAUUCGUGUGCAUCUUAAAGUUACAGUACUUGAUAACCAAAAAAAAAAAAUAGCUUCUCAUUCAGACAUGGUGAAAAUGUUUUAGUAGCUAUGAAAGAACACAUUAAUAUAGUUAUAAAAUGUGUUGUUCUAUUUCUAGGUGUAUGGAUGGUACGACUCAAGAACACCCAUUCUCGUCAUCAGAGACCUGGACUUGGUUAAAGACAUAUUCGUUAAACACUUCAACUCCUUCGCUGACCGCCACACGCUUAUCCAACCCACCGAGCCGCCAUUCCGUGACAACCUGCUGAACUUACAGGGGGGACCACUGGAAGCACGUGCGUGGCGUGGUCAGCCCCACGUUCAGCUCGGGCAGGAUCAGGAAGAUGUCGUCGCACAUUGAGAGGAACGCAACGGUCAUGUUAGACAACUUAAAACUCAAGCAGGAAAGAGGGGAAGAAUUGGAACUAAGGGAGAUCUGCGCAAGCUUUACCCUUGACGUCAUCGCCAGUACAGGAUUCGGUUUGGAGGUAAAUACUCUCAAAGAUCCCAGAAACAGAUUUUCAACUGAAGCCAAAAAGGUGAUCAACCCAAAUCAAUUAUUAUUCACCUUGACGGUAUUUUUACCGGAGCUAGCCCAAGUGUUAUCUAAAUUUGGGCUGAACGUCCUGCCGCAGAAGUCCAUGGAGUAUUUUGCUAAUGUCGUAGAUCUGGCGAUUGAGCACCGGAAACGGGAAGGUCUCAAUGGAAAGAUCAAUGACUUUCUAGAUCUCGUCAUGCAUGCGGAGGUAGAGACCGCUAUCAGCGAUGGUGGACAUGGUGGACAUGGUGGACAUGGUGGACAUGGUGGAGGUGAAACUGAAUUGACGAGAUCCGAAAUCCACGUAAGCUCAUUUAGUUUGACUUCACUCAUAAUUCCACAAUAUGUUAAAAUACUUUGGAAUCAGACUUUGAAUGAAUUCAUAAACAAGUAACCUAAAAUAACGCAAUGAAAUAUUAAUUUGUUUAUAGAAAACACCAAUUAAGUAUUUGAUCUUUAAAUGUCGCUAAUCGGGAUAUUCUUUAAAUGGCAUGACACAAAAUGUAUAUUCAACUUCUUUCUAUAAUAAACGUUUUUUUUUAAAAAAAUAUUAUCUCAUAAAUUUUAUAUAAUUAGCUUUAAUUACAAUUAAUUCAUUUGACACUUCUCAGGCCCAGGCUAUCGUCUUAAUAUUUGCUGGCUACGACACAGUGGCUAUAGUUCUGUCCUUUACUCUCUUCCUCCUGGCGAACCACCCGGAUAGUUGUCAGAAAGUUCAAGCUGAGAUCGACGACAAAUGUAAAAACGCUUUCCCUAACCACGACAACGUCCAGGGUCUGAGUUACCUCGAGAUGUGCCUCAACGAGGCGAUGAGGAUGUUUCCGCCGGGGAUAUUCAUCACCAGGAAAUGUGUCCAGAACACCGAGGUCCAAGGUAUCCCAAUACCAAAAGGCAUGGCGGUUCUAGUGCCUGUCUACGCCAUCCACAACGACCCCGAGAUCUUUCCAGAACCGACAAAGUUUGACCCUGAACGGUUUUCACCCGAGAAAAAAGCAUCACGGCACCCAUUCGCCCAUCUUGGUUUCGAACAAGGUCCUAGGAACUGCAUUGGAAUGAGACUCGGUAUGGUGGAGCUGAAGAUAGCUGUGGCAGCAAUCUUACAGAAGCUGACCCCGGUUCCGUGUAGCAAGACGGUGUAUCCGGUUAAUCUGAACAAGAUUCAGGUUAAAGCUAAUGAUGGAUUGUGGGUUAAAUUUGAAUCAAGAAAAUGAAUGUAGAAUAGUAAGAAUGAUAUUUUCUACUUGUAAUUGUAAGCAUAUCGUGCAAAGAUUUCUAGUUUUUUUACAGAGACAUAUUUUUCAACCUUUCUAUCUUUAAAAUUUAAAAUAUACCAUUUGCGACCUGAAUUAAUCUUUAUUAUUUCAUUUUAAAGAUAUAAUUGUUAUGAACAUUACUUACCCAGGAACAGUGUUUCCCCAUACAAUUUAAUCUUUAGGGCUGGGGUAUGGGUUGAAAUUGUUCUAUAUCGGGGCAGUGAACCUAUCAGCCCAAAGCUAGGCAUUGUAUUGCCCAGUACAAGAUCUUUUAUGAAAAACACUCCAGCGACCUCUUGCCAAAAGCAGUAAGCCACCUCGGGCGGACAGCAACCUCCACCACCCUUUUUCUAGGCCAACUUAACUUUUGGCAUCGUAGUCUUACCUCUUUUUAAUGCUUAGAU